AUGGCCUCUUUACUGGUCUUGGUUGCCCACUCUGGCAGGACCUUGCAGCUAGAUGUGCAACCGUCCACGCGGGUGGAUGCGGUGCAGCACGCGCUGGUGUCCUUUACAGGCAUCCCUGUUGCUGACCAAAUCGCCAUGUACGCGGGAGCUCGACUGGACCCGGCAAAGACGCUGGGCGCGUAUCGCCUCCCUGUGGACCCGGCAGUGGCGGCCCUAGAGGACCAUCCGGUAUUGUUGUACUGCCGCGCGUACCUCAAACCCGGAGCGGCACUGCCGCCACCGGAAGCGCUGCCGCCGCUGCAAGUGCAAGUGCCGCCCCUGGCCGAGGUGAACCUCGCUCACCCGCUCCACUCGGCCCCCAGCCCGCUGGUGCGCGCACUGCCCGACUAUGAACGACAUUUCCAGCACCACCUCGCCAUGACCCGGGCGUAUUGGGACGUGGCACAGGCCAGGCUGCAGAGGUGCCGGCAGCUGCUGUCCGAGCAGGAGGUCCAAGCUCGCGCGGCGGACGCUGCUCGCGCCAAUGUGGAGGUGCAUUUCAACUACAUACUCAACAGCUAUCAGACAUUUCUCGACAAGUACAACGCCCAGCACGCCGCACACGCCGCCCUACUUGCCACCUUCCCUGAAGACCUAGCAGCCCUGGAACCGGGGUACCACCUCGGGCUUUCGGAAGCUGGGGUUGGAGCGGGAAGUGCAGUAGCAGCAGCAGCAGGUGGCGGGGGCGGGGGAGGUGGCGGGGCCGCCCCAGGUCCCGGUGCCUGGGGACCUGCCCGCCGCCGCCUCGCGGACCUGUACCCCGUUCAACGACUUCACGAGUGGGCGGAGACGUGCAGUCGCAGUCACGCGAGUUUUGGUUCCAAGGUUUCGGAGCUGGAGGGCUUGUUCCAGCUGCUGAGGAAGGAUGUGGAGGGGCUGUUUAUGCAGGUGCUAUCUAAGGAUCUGCGAACUGUUCGUACGCUUGUGGAGGAUGUCGUACGGCAGCUGGGCAGCGCUGCGGGCGGUCCCGGAGGCGGUAGUGGCGGGUUACGACAGGCGGCGAUUCACGACGCGGCGGCGGCCAUGGAGGCUAUCCACGAAACAUUGCCAUCCGCCUACAGAGCUGUCCUAGCCGAGGUGGUACGGCGGAGUGCCUGGCACCAACUGUACUGCGGUCAGGUGGCGAGGUACAUCCCCGGGGAGCUGCUGUCACGUGCGGGUUUGGUUUCGGAACCGCCGUACUGUCAGGUCACCGUACCACCCCCCGACGUGCCGCUCAUCCCCGUAGCGCUGGAUGACAUCCAGCGUUUGUCGUACUUGGACGAGCGGAUGAUGACGAUCCUGAUGGCGGCGAGCAGUACGAGUAGCGCCAGUGCGAUGCGCGCUUCUUCUUCGACGGCGGCGGCGGCGGCGGCGUCGCCGUCUGAGUUCCAACAAUUUCAUCCCCCCCAUCCGCAUGCUCAUGCUGCUCGAACCCAGCAGCAUCAGCAUCAACAGCAGCAUCAACAUCCUGGUACCCGGCCUUCACUUAGCGGUCUUAUAGAUGCGAAGGCCGGCGGGUAUCACCACCACCAGCAUCACCACCACCAACAUCACCACUCGCAAGCCAGUAGUCGCUUGUGGGGAGGAGGAGGAGAAGGAGGAGGCGGAGGAGGCGGAGGUGGUGGUGCCUCGUCCUUGCGGCUACCUGGCAUCCAGGCUGUGCUGGAUGCCGAUCCGCCGCCCCCCACGGACAGGGCAGCAGUCUUGGAAAUGGAGAAUGCUCGGUUAAGAGCCGAGCUCGCGAACCACAUCGCCGCCGCAUGCGUACGAGAACUCGCCGCCGCCAGCGGCGGGGCCGCUGAUGUACAGCAGUCGCAAACUACGGACUCGGCGGGGGCAGCCACCCCCCGCCAAGCGCGCGUUUCAGGCGGGGGUGCGUCGCCGCCAGCAGCGGCGACGGCGGCGGUGGCGGCGACGUCAGGGUCGCCGUCCACGGCGGCGGCGGCGGCGGCAGGGCGUCGUGACCCAGCGGAAAUCUUGGCGGCGAUGCAGCGUGCUCUGGGGAUGAAGGAUGACCUGGUACGGCACCAGCAGCGGGAGAUUGCGGCGCUGGCGGCACGAGCAGCGAGGUACGAGGAGCGAAUCAUGGCGCUGGAGGCCUUGUUAACUGAGAGGGCAACAGACGCCACCGGUGGCGAGGCCGCGGCGGCGGCGCGGCAAGAACGCGUCUCCGACGGCAGCGGCGGCAGCGGCAGCCGGGCAGCCGUACUGUCUGACCGCGACGCCGCGGCGGCAAGGGCGCGCAUUGGCGUUGGCGAGCAACCGGAGGCGAUAUGUACGGAAGCCACCACGGACGCAGCGGCGGCAGCGGCAGAUGGGGGUAGCAUUUCGACGGAGGUGGAAUCGAAGCGUACGGCAGGGUUAAGCACCGGCGUUGGUGACGGAGCCCGGGUUGGGACGGCAUCGGUUGAUGAUGGUGGCGGCGGCGGCGGCGGCGGUGUGGGCCAUGGCGUUACCGCAGGCGAUGAGCUGUGGGGGACACAGGUCUUGGCGGAUGGGGCGGAAGGAAGGCCAGGGGACAUGAGACGGGCGGAGAUGCCGUACUCAGGCGAUCCGGCGGCGGCGGCGGCGGUGGCGGGUUCGGCUCCGGAUGGGGCUCAGGGCGGUGAGGUCCUUGGCGAUAGCGGGCAAGUACGGAGUGACGGCGGAGAGGUUGCGGGACCCGCAGAAAGCCGGCGUGGCGGCGGCGACAACCAGGCAGCAGCGGCGGCGGCAGCGGCAGCUGUUGUCCCGGGAGCUCCAGCGGCGGCGGCGGGGGGGCCGGCAGUAGUAGCUCUUCGGGUGAAUGUGGACGCGGCCGUGGAGGCCGGAGCCGCCUCGACAUCGACGGUACCGUUGUCGCCGUUUUCCCUCCUAGCAGCCAAGGAACAACAACAACAGCAGCAGCAGCAGCGGCAACGUGAGGCUGACGGCGCCGCAGCCGCCGCCAUCGCCGGCGGGACACGUCACCAACACGAUAUGGAGGAGAACGAUCUCGGCAGUAGCUGUACGAUAUCGUUGUACGGAAAUCGCGGCGGCUCGACAGCCGCCGCUGCUGCCGCCGCUGCUGGCGGCAGCGACAACGGCCAGACACGACGCGGCUCAUCUGGGCCGCAGGCCAUUCCGCAGCUCCAGGGAGCGCUGCGGCGUGGCGGCGGUGGUGGCGGCAGCUGCGAGGAGCCGCCGGGCUUGCCGUACGAGCCCCGCGACGUUGCCCCGAUGUCCAUCGGAUCCCUCCCUUUCGCGACUUCGUUGCCCGGGGGCUCAACUUUGACGAGUCGUCUUGCGUCAUCCCCUAGCGGGCUGGGCUUGGGGCUUGGUUUCGAUGUGUCACUUCGGAUUGCAGGACCGCGACUGCCUUCGGCAGAAGCGGGGAUUUCCAGUGGCGACGGAGAGACGGCCGUGAGCGGCAGUAGCAGCAGCAACGGCGGCGGAAGUUGCUUGGCAGCGGCGGUGGGAUUGUCGGGAGGUGGCGGAGCGGUCCACGGAUCUGAGGACCUCCGCGGCGCGCCGACGGCGGCGGCGGCGGCAGCGGCGGCGGCGGCAGCAGCCGAGGAUUGGGGUCGUGGCGAGGAAGAGGACGAGACCACCGCUGCUACUGCCGCCGCAACUACCGUUGGCGACGAUGACGUGGAUAAAGAGUACGACAAGGAAUACGACGGCUAUGACGAUGAAACGUUAGCUGACGACGUUCCGGACAUUGACGAGCUAGGAGUGGUUGGUUUGGUUAGGUUGUAUACGGCGCACCGGAGGUCAGGAAAUUCCCGUGAAGUGGGGUUGAAGGUGAAGGUGAAGAUAACGCAGUCGGUAACCAUGUUCCCGUUCCUCGGUUUAGAGGUCGCCCUAGUGGCAAUGUUCGCGGGCAUCGUUAUGAUGCCAGCUAAACGUAGAGUCGGUGACCAAGUGGUAGAGCUACAGAAGGUGCUUGCAGACUUACACGCGCAGUUGACCGCAAUAGAACAAGCCGACGACUAUCAGAAGGCCGCCUCCAUGCUGGCCUCUGACCCUCUAGCACGUUUAAACAAGAAAAAAUUUUCUACCGCGAUGGGCCACGCUUGGGAUACCUACGUCGCAUUGAAGAGUCAAAUGGCGAGUGUCAGCGCGCACAUUGCUCAACUGGAGAUGACCAUGGAGCAGCCAGCUAUGAAGGUUCUCGUCUCCGACAAGUCUGGUCGCGUCAUGGAGCGCCCAUUGAAGGACCUGGACUACGUCAACGAUGGCUGGGUCAACAAGUCGGGCAAGGAGCACAAGGCGCUCAAGCGGGAGAACCGGGAGCUGAACCAAAUCUACCAUGCCCUUCAGAAGGUCAACCGCAACCUGGAGGACGAACGCGAGGCGCGCCGCGAUGAGGCCCCACCGGAGCAGAUUGAGGAGUUGGAGAAGGCAACUAACGACGCCAUCACCGAGGGUGAGAACUUGCUCACGGACCUAAACACGCGGCUGCGCAAGGCGAUGUUGGUGGGUUGGGAAACCGUUGAGUCGUUGGACCUCCCUGACUGCUGCAAGUCCGAGGAGGAGCGUAGCAAGUUGUUGUCCGCGCACAAGCGUGUUGUUGCUGAGAAGGAGUGUGAGCGCAGGGGUAACAAGCCCUCGGUGCAGAAGCCGUUCGGUGCGGGUUUCCGUCAGCGCCAGUUCGUGGCGCCCUCGCCCGGCUUCGGCCAGGCCCAGGUCGGGUUCGGGUCCGUGCAGGGCGCAAUGCUACCGCACCAGGCGCUGCCCUUCACACCGGGGCUGCAGUUUGGGGGCAUGGCCCCGAUGAGUCAGGGCGGCGGCAAGCCGCCGCGGGCCCCGAAGCCGACGGAUCAGUGCCAUAGGUGCAAGCAGUUUGGGCAUUUUGCGAACAUGUGCUCGAACCCACCCGCGCCACGCUCGUGGACCAAGCAGUGGGUGCAGCAGGGGUUUCCGUUGUGGUGGAAACAGGCAGGCGUCACACCGCCGCCGAGGGUCAUGCGAAAUCACCAAGGGGCGCUGGAGCAGCGGGCCUUUGUUACCGAAUCCGUCUCAGCACUUCUGGCAGCAGGAGCCGUGCGGCAGGUGGCGGGUGUGGGCAGUGCGGGUUUCCUUCCAGAACCGGUGGAGGUGGCGCGCUCCGCUGGCAACCCCUCGAGAGUAACCGGCAAUUUCGGUAACCAGGCUCGCCUCCUCCCACGGAAGCAAGCGGCGCUCGGGCAGAGCAGGCUGGCAGAGCAGGCUGACGGGGCUCCGCUGCUUUUCAUUGCCGCCAUCGCUUUUCCUAAGCCGGAAUCUGAUCGGUUCGGGGAUAUAGAGGGUGUGCCGCCCGCUUCACCGCCGACAACGAAGGGCCGAGUACGGGCCCGGAUGACAAAGAGCGCCUCAUUCGUCUCGUCCGGGCCCGAUAAGUGGGCCAGCCAAUCCUGCUGUGUUGUACACACAGCAUUUCAGAUCUAUCCGCCGCCGACGACGACGAUGAUGGUGAAAAUGAAGAAGAAGAAGAAGAAGAAGAAGAAGAAGAAGAAGAAGAAGAAAAACUGCACGCAAAAGCCGCCGCCGCAUCAUAUUCGUCUGUCAUUAUGUACCUCGUAA